GAUGGCAUCCGACGUCCCAUCCAAGCGGCAGAGAUCCGAGAAGGACGUCCCUUACAAUCUCAUAUACUGGCCAGGCCUGCCCGGCCGUGGCGAGUUCAUCCGACUCGCCUUGGAGGAAGCUGGCGCCGAGUAUACCGACACGGCACACAUCGAGGGCGGCGUACAGGAAGUGCUUAAAUACGUGCAACAGAAUGAGCCCAGCGACGACAUCAACACACCACUCUUCGCGCCGCCGAUCUUGAAACAUGGAGAUCUCGUAAUCAACCAGACGCCAAACAUUCUCCUCUACCUGGGCAGCCGUCUGAGGCUUUCACCGGAUGCCGACGAAAACCCGGACGGCAUGUACAGGGUCAAUGGGCUGGUGCUGACGGCGCUGGACGGGUUGAGCAACGAGCCACACGACUGCCACCAUCCCAUCGCAUCGUCUCUCUAUUACGAGGACCAGAAGACGGAGAGCAAGAGAAAGGCCGAGGACUACGUCAAGAACCGGCUGCCCAAGUUCCUGGGCUAUUUCGAGCGCGUACUCGCCUCCAAGGCCAGCGGCGACGGGCCCUGGCUUUAUGGGGGCAAGUGCACGGUUGCCGAUCUCGUGCUCUUCCAGUGCGUUGAUGGGCUCAAGUUCAUGUUCAGAAAGGCCAUGGCAAAGCUGGAAGCCGAGGGAAAACAUGCCAAGGUCUUUGCCCUGCACAAGGCUGUCGCGGAGCGCCCGAGGAUCAAGGAGUAUCUGCAAAGCCCGCGCCGCCAGAAGUACUCGAAUGGCAUUUACAGGUACUAUGAGGAGCUGGAUUUUGAGCUAUGAUGGGUGGGUUCAUCAGGUUCAGGUGCAUGACAGGUCAAGGUUGCGGGACACUUGAUGGAGCAAAAUUCCAAAGUAGUACAGUACUACAUCGGUAGCUACAGUAGCACUUGCCAGGCCGAGAAUCAAAGACCUUAUGUAAUGC